UGCAAGGCGCGUGUUACAAUACGUGUUACAAUGAGCGUGUUGCAGGCCUCCCUCCUGACUGCCAAUUAUACCAACGAUCAGUCGUUCGAGUCCUCACUUUCGUUGGGCAGGGAGGUGUAUUCCCGUCAAAAGGAGUUCGCCAAGGAAGGGGACCAGCUAACCAGUGUGAAGAUUCCAGCUUCAAUGUCCGAUGACGAGAUAACUGACUGCAUUGCAGUGGUGAUUCCCCCGAUUGCCCCUUUCAGCCCUUCUCAUUCCUUCUGUCUCUUUACUUUGCGUGACGCGGCCCGGGCGGUCAACAACAUAAGACAGCUCUUCUCUUCGCCUCAGCCGGACAACGACCCGGGUAUCACCGGAGCGAGUCAGAUGGAUGCCUUCUAUGAGACCGCCAACGACGAAGGCAAGGACUUGACACUCCCUGUUAUUGACAUAGUAUGGGAGGACAUCAAGGAGAUGGUGGCCGAAAACGCACCGCUGUCGUCUAUCGUCACCCUCCUGACAGCCUCCUGAUGACGCUCCCAGGCUUCGGUCUUAAGUUGUCGUUCAUGGUGGUGCAGGUCAGUCGAUCUGGGUUACUAAUUAGAGGCAAUUUAUCGGUGUCCUUUCCUGCUGUCUUUUUCUGCUUAGUUAUUCCUAUACUGUCUCGCCUAUUUGAAACCUUCGAAGAGGAUGAGCUAUGUCCCAACCCUCCCUCCUCCGCCCCAUAAGGUGAAACAAAGAAAUCCCCUUCCCCCCAGCCGCAUAUAGAUACACAGAACACAUAGAGACACAUCUAUUUUUC